CUAACAUUGACGUUGACGGUUGGGCAAUUUUGACAAACAGCUGAUUGCCUGAUACUGAUCCAAUCCAAUGUACUGAUCAAAAGCGUUUAUCAUAUAAAAAAGGUAUCAAUCCUGAACACAUUCGACACAUUCGUAUGUUGUUCAAUUGCCAGUAAUUUUGCUAUUUUCCCAAUAACUAGAGGCGAUUGAAAAUGAGUUCAGGUUUUAUCACAGAGUCUGAAGCAGCUGAUAUUAGGAAACGAAGACAGGAGGAAUGGGAACGCGUCCGUAAAGCUGACGAUCCUAUAGAAAGACCAGAGGAGCCCUAUGAUCCGAGAAGCCUUUAUGAAAGACUGCAGGAGCAGAAGCAAAAGCGAGAAUUGGAAUAUGAAGAAUCACACAAACUCAGUAAGUAGGGUCUGUCAAAGUAGUAACAAAUUUAAUGUCAGAGUAUAUUUGGGCGAUAUGUAGAAUAUGAUAAAAGGUCUAGAUGAUGAUGAAAUAGAAUUUCUAGAUCUAGUUGAUCGCACAAAAUUAGCAGCAGACCGUAAAAAGGAGUUGGAAGAGGAAGUUGAGCUGAGCGAUUACAGAAAUCGUGUAGCAGUUUUACAAGAGAAGUCUAUUGAGGAAAGACUACAGGCAGAGAUUGUGGUUAGCAAGGUCAAAUCUUUGACUGGCACACACAACUCUCAGCAAAAGUUAUUAAAAGGAGUGGUUGUUAGAAAAACUGAAGGUCAGAAACGAAAAAUGAGUGGUGAAGAAGAAACCACUGGUCAGAAAAGAAAACUGUCUGAUGUGGAGCAGAAUUCUUCAUCAGAUACUAAACAGGAGGAUAAAACACAUGGAAAAGGAGACAGCAAGGUUGUUAUUUCACAAGGAUCUGUUCUGGUGCCUCAGUCAGGAAUGAAAUGUGUUGCAAUCUUACCUGGACUAUCAUGCUAUGGAGAUUCAUCUUCAGAAAACAGUUCAGACUCUGAAGUUGAAAGUACGCCUGUUGCUAAAGUAGAUUUGUUAGGAAGAAAUAUUGUCAAGGAAGCAGCAAAGCAGUGAUAUUAAUGAAAUUAUUGGUUUUGUUUUAUUAAAUUUGGGUCAUCUAAAUAUUGAAGCUUGUAAUUAAAAUAUAUCAGUGGGAUAUUUAUCAUGGGGCUUUUGAAGUUUCCUGAAGUAAGGUGCCCCUUUUUUCUUUGAGCCAGUUUGAUGAAGAGAUUUUUUUUAUUUAUGUAUAUGGAGUCUAAAUGUUAUGUUUUAACUUGCAUAGGGUACCUAAACUUAGACUGACUGUUACUGAAUCUUAUAGGACUGCCGGUAGAUGUAAUAAUUUUGAUUUUGACUUUUUACAUAAAAC